GUUUUGUGAGUUCUUUCCAAUUUAUCCCUCAUUUACAUCUUUUCCUAAAUUCCGUUACUUAAUUCUUGCAUAAGUCCAAUUCACAACACUUUUCUUGCUUUUUAUUUGAGUUGGCGCAAGCUAAUUAAUUCGCACGUCAUUCCUUUCCGCUAGCGGUGCCCGUACUGCCGCCACUAGUUUUUGUCAAUAAUUAUAAGCGCACGGGCCAGUUUCGUAGAUAUUACUAUACUUAUAGAUACAUCGCUACCGUUAGACUGCAUCAGCUGAGCGCCUAUUCAUACGAAUAACAUUAAUUUACGCACGAUCUUUAUUUACGUCCGCACCAAUUAGAUUUUUUCAUAGGCCCUUAAUUAUUUUUCCUACCCACAAUGGCUGAAAAAUUAAUUAAACAGCGCGGCUCCGUAAAGGCUAAGCUUACUAGUUUCAGCAAUUACAUGACAGUUAUAAAAAGCUGCAAACAACUCUCGGACCUACAGGCUCUCGAACUUGAAGGUCGAUUUAAUAAAUUUGAAAGCUUACAUGAUGAAUUUAAUGAUUUACAGACCGACAUUGAGCUGCUAUCAGACAAUCCAGAGGAGGCCUAUGCCGAGCGCUUCAAAUUCGAAGACACCUUUUAUCCGCUGGUUGCACAGGCGCGAAAGCUCCUGGAGGCCAGUCAGCAACUUCAGAACAAGCUUUCUGCAGGUUCCGUAUCAGGCUCCGAGGUAUCAGCUGUGGUGAGAGUGGUGAGCGACAAAGGUCAAAGGUACAGCGCCAGAGUCCUGCUCGACAACGGUGACUGACAACGGCAACAUUACCAGAUUGGAGCGAUUCCAAAGAGUGGAGUUCAUAAGACAACAUUUCUGGAAGAGAUUUAACACAGAAUAUAUAUCUUUGCUACAGCAGAAAACAAAAUGGUCCACAUCCAAAGGGAACAUCACUGUGGGGAGCCUGGUUCUGGUGAAGGAUAAGGCGCUGCCACCUCUCUGUUGGCUGCUGGGUCGCGUCGUGCAGACCUACCCGGGCUCCGAUGGCGUGGUGAGGGUCGCCGAACUGAAGACAAAGAAGGGGACUAUCCGCCGUGGCUUCAACAAUAUAUGCCCUCUACCAAUUUCUUGAAGUUUCCACUUCAACCCGGGGAGCAUGUCUACUCACGGACAUUGCCCGCGGGCGGCGUGACCGGAGGGAGCGGCGAGCGUUCGGCGAACGAACGAGCAAUGUUCGGUUCGCGAGCGAACAUCGAAGAAGACGAUCCUGACGCACUCUCUUCAACGACUUUGCACAAAACGGUCUCGAUAACAUUGUUAAUUAUUUAUACCGAAUAGACAACUAAUUGUAUACAGUCCACUCUUUCAUUUAAUUAACUUCUACUACACUCACUAUCGAAG